CCCCGCGGAGCGGCCGCCGCCGGGCCCAGCACUGAUGUCUCUGAGUUCCAUCGGGUUCACCAGGGGCAGGAGCAGCAGCUCUCCUUUCUGCUGGGUCAGGAGGAAACAUCUCUCUCUGGACACCACCAAGGUUGCAGACAAAGAGCGGCACGGAGAGCAGAUAAGCCUGUGCUCUUUCUCUUUGUUGUUCCGCUCCUGUGUUUUGCUGGCCCGAGGGUCUGCUGGAAGCCUGAUGAAGCUGGAGGGAAUUACUCAGAGCAGCAGCAGCGCUGGGCGCAGCAAGCUCAGCCGCAGGCAGGGCUGGCAAGGCCCUAGCCCAAGACACCUUCCCAUCGUGCAAGAGGGACCCUGUGUUCUCCCCAUGGAGAUCAGACGUGCUUUACCCCAGAAUGUCCAGGAGCUGCUGCACUGCUUGAAGAUGAGGAGCAAGUAUGCCAUCCUGCUGGUCUUCAUCAUCAGCCUCGUCAUCAUCGAGAAGGAAAACAACUUCAUCUCCAGGGUGUCGGACAAGCUGAAGCAGUCCCCACAGGCACAGGCAGAGGCCAACAGCACCGAGGUCAGACCAGCACCGGCCAAGGACAGCUCUCUGGCCUCACUGCAGGAGCUGGACACUGCCUUCUCCCAGCUGAAGUCCCACCUGUACAACAUCACCCUGCAGCUGGCAGGUGACAGAGACCCUGGCCCACGGCGGCACCUCCUGCUUAUGGCCACCACCCGCACUGGCUCCUCUUUCGUUGGGGAGUUCUUCAACCAGCAGGGCAACAUCUUCUACCUCUUUGAGCCCCUCUGGCACGUCGAGAAGACGGUGAGCUUCAUGACAGGGGCAGCCAGCAUGGUGGGCUCAGCCUUGGUUUACCGAGAUGUCCUCAGGCAGCUCUUCCUCUGUGACCUCUACACAUUAGAGAACUUCAUCUCACCGGUGCCCGAGGGCCAUCUGACACCCUUCUUGUUUCGGCGGGGCUCCAGCUACUCGCUGUGCGAGGAGCCCGUCUGCACGCCCAGCACCAAGAAGGUCUUUGAGAAGUACUACUGCAAGAACCGCCACUGCGGCCCCCUCAACAUCACACUGGCGGCCGAGGCGUGCCAGCGCAAGCAUCACGUGGCCCUGAAGACGGUGCGCUUCCGGACGCUGGAGUUCCUGCGGCCACUGGUGGAGGACUCUCGGCUGGACCUGCGCAUCAUCCAGCUGGUGCGGGACCCCCGCGCCGUCCUGGCCUCACGCAUAGUGGCCUUCCCCUUCAAGUACGAGGCCUUGAAGAAGUGGCUGUCCAAAGGAGAGGCUGCCAUGCGCGAGGAGGAGCUGCAGCGGCUGCGGAGCAACUGCGAGAGCAUCCGUGUGUCGGCGGAGCUGGGGCUGCGGCGGCCGGGCUGGCUGCGGGGCCGCUACAUGCUGGUGCGCUACGAGGACGUGGCGCGCGCGCCGCUGCAGAAGGCGCGGGAGAUGUUCCGCUUUGCCGGGCUGCCCCUCACCCCGCAGGUGGAGGAGUGGAUCAGUAGAAACACCCAGGCUCCCCGUAAAGGUGACGACGUCUACUCCACGUGCAAGAACUCCUCGGAGCAGAUCGACAAGUGGCGGUUCAGCAUGUCCUUCAAGCUGGUGCAGUUGGUGCAGGAAGCCUGCGCCCCAGCCAUGCAGGUCUUUGGCUACAAGCUGGCCAGCAGCCCAGCGGAGCUGGCCAACCGCUCCUUCAGCCUGCUGGAGGAGGCACAGCCCUCCUGGAUCACGUAACCGCGCUGGGCGACAGCGGCGGGGCGGAACGAGGGGUUGCGGCCGUGCUCCCGGCUGGCCCGGACACGACCUGGGGGUCCCUGCUCCCAAAAAUGCUCCUCGCUGCUGCCAGAUGGCAGCCCCGGGAGCCAGAGCGUGCUGGUAGAGCUGGCCCCAGGGUCCUGCAGAGCCUGAGUUACACGGUUUCUCCAAGAAUGGGGAAAUGGUAAAGGUGAGAGGCAGUGGGGUCAGCAACAGGGCCACCUCCCCAGCACUGAGGAAGAGGAGGGUGACAGUAAGCAGACGGGGACAGGACCAAGCACCUCUGCCUUGCCACCCUCCAUGCCAGCUGGGACAGGGCAAGGACAAAAUCCCUGUGGUGCCAGAAACCGCCCAGACCCCAGAGACCUUCUUGGUUUAGUGCCUUCACACACCAGCACAGACUGGAGACUGCCCACAGAGCCCUGGACCACACUUGGGCUACAACAAACAAAAUGAGUUGACUAUGGUUUGGUGCUCUUCACACUUGGUUUUGGAGGUUUGGGUUUAUUUCCUUUUUUCUUCCUGUGUAAUUGCAUACCAGGUGAAUUUAUUUAUUUAUUAUGUGAAAAGGAUGGGAAGGCUUGUCAAGGAGCAAAGCCCAAAAAUCAGAGCAUGACAACGUACCACAAAGGGAGACACCCAGAACAGAGGUCAUGUUUUAGCUGGAGACCACCACGAGUCCUUCUGUAUGAUCUUGGGAGAACCCCCAGGCACUGAGGGGCUGUAACCCCCCCACAGCCCCACAACUGCAAACUUCAGCGGUGCUGAAAGACGGCCAGACUUAUCUGAUUAAAAAAAACUCCACCAGCACCGAGUCCAAAGCAUCUGCUCUCUCUUUAGUAUUGGUGGGUGUCCCCUGGGAGCCCCAGAAAUAGUGCUAACAGCACUGGUGGGUGGCCAAACCUGGUAGAGGCUUGGUGAGUUUCAGGGUGUUUGCCACGUGCAGAUGGUGACCCAGUGCCGUGCUACCCCCUCCAAUUCACAUUUCAGUAAUUAAAAUGCCUAUUUUUAGCCCCCUUUGUAGCUCA